GUCUUCGCCAUGUCUUUCUUCUCGCAGUUGACGGGCGCCCUGACUAUGUGCAGCAGCCCGGACGUGCGGCCGGGGCGCCCGCUUGCCAACCGCACCAACUCAGUGAUUUGCAAGGAGCUGGUGGCGCAGGGCCAAGCCCCGCACACGGCGAUCGUUGGCUGCGCGGACUCUCGCGCCCCCCUGGAGACUAUCUUCGACACCAUGCCAGGUGACAUCUUCGUGCUGCGCAACGCUGGCAACACCUGCACGCACGCAGAGGGCAGCAUCGUUGGCAGCUUGGAGUUCUGCGCGGGCAAUUUGGGCAGCCGCUUGGUGCUGGUCCUCGGCCACACAAAGACGUUUCUGGACCUGGGCGUGGCUGCGCAUCAGGCCCAGGAGGAAAUGGGUCCUGGCGCGGACUCCGAUGCCAUCGCGGCCCACGCGGUCAAGGUGAACGUCUUCCACACCAUGAACUUUCUGCUGAGCUACAGUGAGGCCAAGCUCAUCGCUCACGCUGUGAAGGUGAACGUCUUCCACUCCAUGAACUUCCUCCUGAAGUUCUCUGAGCCCCUGCGCGACCUGGUGCGCAAAGGGAACCUGCAGAUCCAGGGCGGCAUCUAUCACCUGGAGACGGGCCGCGUGGAGUUCUUGGGCCGCUCACCUCAGCAAGCUGAGCUGCUGUCCUCCAAGCGCUCCGUGCCGCCGUCCAUCCAGUGCGGCACGGGUCCGCACUGCCCAGAGCAAGCCAGUGAUGCCGCAGGUCCACCAGAGCAUGCGUGCGGAUUUGUACAACAUGGGCCAAAGCUCCCCACACUGGUUGGCUGUGCUGAUUCGCGCGUGCCCCUGGAAACCGUCUUUGACGCCCUUCCUGGGGACCUCUUUGUCCUGCGCAACGCUGGCAACACCUGCACACAUGCCGAGGGCAGCGUGCUUGGCAGCCUGGAGUUCUGCACCGGUGCGCUGAUCUUCGUGCUGGGGCACACGGCCUGCGGUGCCAUCAAGGGCGCCACCAAAGCCUUUUCCUCGAGUCCAAGAAGUCCG